AUGAGCGCUCCUUUUUACAGCUUUGAUCCAUGUGUAUGCACCGGAAUGCCAUGCGGUGCCUGCUAUCCAUACUCUACGAAGCCGUGUGUGGCCUCGCGAAAUGAUCUGAGUCCUUGUUCAGUUUGUCCAGGUGGGGGAUGUUCUCCUUGCCCAGCGCCAGUACGACCAUGCCCGGCCCCCUGUAUACCACCACCUGUACUACCAUGUUUGCCUCCGUGCCCUCCGUGUGAUAAGCCCGUAAACCGAGUCACACCGCCAGUACCUGUAUGUGACUCAGUGGCAAUACCCUGCUGCAGACCAAAUCGCUGCAAACCUUGUCCUUGUUACUGUUGUACAGAACCUGGGGUAUGUUCUCCAAAGAGAUGCAGUUACCCUGGUGUUCCUGUAUGCGGGGGGUGUUGUGGCCCUUGUAUGCCAGUGUGGUAA